AAUUGAUUCAAUUUGUGUUUUAUUAUUUUUGAAUUAUAAAUUAAUUUUUACUUUAUUUUGAAUCUAGUAUUGAUUUGUUCUAAACCAUUUCUCAGUAUUAAAAAUUGAAACAGUAUUUGACACAACCUAUGAAGUCAUUGAAUAAAUAAGUUUUGCAGUAGUUUAGUGCGCAUUAAAAUCUAUAUUAACUAACAAAGGAUAUAUAAAAUGACUACCUCAUCAGAAAAAUUACGAGUUUUAGCAUUACAUGGUUAUUAUCAAUCAAAUACAAUUUUUUCAGGCAAACUAGGAUCUCUUAGGAAAAGUUUUAAGCAAAAGGUUGAUUUUAUUUUUGCUCAAGCACCUCAUGUAGUUCCCCCACAUCAGUUCGAUAAUGAAGAAAAUGAAGUGGAUGGUAGAGGUUGGUGGUUCAAUACUGAGGAUCAUAUCUUCAAAGCAACAGUACCAAGUAAUUUAUCAGUUUGUUUUGAGGAAAGUGUAAAAGUCAUUGAAAAAAUCUUUGAAGAACAAGGACCUUUUGAUGGCAUAUUAGGAUUUUCACAGGGUGCAUCUUUCGUUUCUAUUCUCUGUUCUAUGCAACAGAAAAAAAUUUCUCCAAUAAAAUUUAAUUUCGCUAUUAUGAUAUCAGGAUUCAAGUCUCUAUGUGCACCACAUGCAGUAUUUUAUGACGAACAAAUAAAUCUUCCUUCGCUUCAUGUAUAUGGAGAAUCUGAUAAAAUCAUACCAAUAGAAAUGGCAACAGACUUAGCUAAUUUAUUUAUUAAUAAAAAAGUUGUGAUUCAUGAAGGAGGCCACUUUGUACCAGGAAAGAAACAUAUUUAUAACGAUUUUAUAAAUGAAAUGUAUACAGCAAAAAAUGUUACACUACAAAAUAAAUGAAAGUUAGAUAAAAAAUUA